AUGUCAAAAACUAAUCAAGAACUCUUUGAAAAAGCAAUUUAAAUAAUAAAUAAAGACAUAGAUAUUUAUGAUAAAUUAAACACAACUCAAUUUGAUAAAGGAUUGGAUCUUUUUGAAAUUUAUUCAGAAUGCUAUGAUAUAAAUGUUUUAACUAAUAAUAAUAUCUAAAGAACAUUAACAUAUACUAAUUAAGAAUCCAAAAAUAUUAAGGAAAAUGAAAAAGAGUCUUAAAAAAAUGAUGCUUUAAUUUAGUUAUAAAUUUUUGUCAAAUAAAUAUAAAACUAGUAAUCAAGAGAUACAAAAUAUUAAAAAAUUAUAGCUAUUACAAAUGAACUUAUUUGUUUUUUAGAAUAAAAUAGUGAUUUUUACAAAAAAUUCCAAAUUUAAAGUGAUCAAUUAAUUUACUUAAGAAUAUUUGGUUAAGAUCCUAUUUAAUCUCUAAUAUUAAAAUCAGGAUUAAAUUUAGUAUUGAUAUUUUUAAUAUUUUAGCUUAAUGAAUGGUUAGUGGCAAUGCUAUAUAAAUUUAAAAUACAUAAAAAUAUUGAAUUUGAAACUAAAACUUAAGCAAGAUUAUUAUAUUAAUCAAAUGUAUUAUUAGAAUUUAUUUUGUAUAAAAAAGAUUCAAUUGUAAAAAAUAAAAAGGAGUGUUAUUAAAAAAUAAAGGAGACUUUAUUAGCAGAAUAAUUAAUCAUGACAGAGAUCUUAUCAGAAGGAUUUGCUUUAUCAAAAUUAACAGAAUAUUUAGUUGGAUAAUUGUAAGGAGGAUUUUGUGGAAUUGAAGAAUGGGUAAAGAGGGUGAUAUAGAUAUCAAAUUUGAGAUUGAAUGGAUAAUUGAAUACAUAUGAUAAGAAAUGA